AUGAUUAAUUCAGAAGUUGGAUGCGACCAGACGCGAGAUAUCAUCGCUACAUGGAACAAACAGUUGAGAACACUUCUCUUCUUCGGGGUCGUAGCUCUAGCCUACGGCAAACCUCAGGCUGACUGUCCCAAAGAUGGACACCAUUACCUAGUACCAGAUCAGACCGACUGCUCCAAGUACUACCCUUGCCAAUAUGGCAGGAAACUGGAGGUGCCUCUGCAUUGCCCUCCAAAUACAUUGUUCUCGUUUGAACAGCAAGCCUGCGAGCUUGCUGAGCUGGUGAAAUGUAAAGUCGGCCCCAUCGCCAUAGAAGCCUUCUCCUGCUGCAAUAGCCGCAGCGGGAAAUGUGUCUGUGGACCAGCACCAGAGGAAGAAGAUGUCGUAGUCGAAGAGAGCGAAGAAGAAAAGGAUGAGGGUGAAGUGGUGUGGCUUCCAAACGGCUGUCCAGACCCUAGGAAUCGCACGGUUGAUAAACUCCUGCCUCAUCCCAACUGCAAUAUGUUCUAUCAGUGUGACAACGGCGAGCUGGUUGAAAGGUUUUGUCCUGACAAUACCCACUUCAACUAUGAAAUUCAGCGUUGUGAAUGGGAAUAUUUAUCCAAUUGCACACCUGGUGAAACGCCCCCCGGUAACCCAGCGCCUGGGCCCUCUCCUGGUGACAAUGGCAACAACAACUGCAACGGCGGUCUCUGCCCUGAAGGAGAGAUCGAGCUGCUUCCUAAUGGAUGCCCAAAGAACUACUCCUAUGAAAUGCUCCUUCCCCAUCCUAAUUGCGAGAAAUUCUACCAAUGCAAAGAGGACUGCCACGUGCCGUUCUGGAAACACGAGACUGAUUGCGACAAGUUCUGGAGGUGUGUAGGCGAUAAGGCGGUGGUGGGAGUCUGCUCUGAGGGUCUGUUCUUCAAUGAGGAGAAGCAAUCGUGCGACUUCUCGUGCAACGUUGAUUGCGAGAGGAAAGUAGUGCAGUCUACGCCACAAGUGGAUGGGCUAAAGAUCUUCGUUCCAUGGAGCGAAGUUAAUAGUCUCGUCGAAUUAAGCUACGCCCCAAAUAAGGAUAACAUCUUCACUAAGCACAUAGAAAACGCGAAGCAGGCUCUCAAUAAGAACUGA